UACGUCUGAUUGUUUACAAUCUUUGGUUAAACAUGGCCGUUAAUACACUCAAUCAUAGCAGUUAGAGGUCAAUAACUCUUGAACUUUUUAAAUUUACAAUUGUUGAAUAGCAAAACGGUUUACUGUAUAAUUGCUGUUUCAAUUGUCUUUUUACCCUGUCGCUGAUUUGGUUUUUAUCUCAUCUUCCUGUGACUCGUUAGCCGCUCAAGCUAGGUAGCGAGCUAACUUCUCCAUAGGGAACAAUGACAGCGACUUCUGCAGGUAGCAGUAACUGCCUUGCCGCUAAAGGACUGGACAUAAGUCUGGCUGCUCUGCAGCGACAAGACCCAUACAUCAACAACAUCGUGGACGUGGCCAGUCAGGUCGCUCUGUAUACUUACAACAACAGGGCAAAUGAGUGGGAGAAGACUGAAGUGGAAGGCACCCUUUUUAUCUACACAAGGCUGGCAUCUCCCAGACAUGGCUUCACCAUAAUGAACAGACUCAGCAUGGAGAACUUGACAGAGCCAAUCACCAAAGACCUGGACUUCCAGCUCCAGGACCCCUUCCUGCUGUACCGCAAUGCGCGAUUGGUUAUCCAUGGGAUUUGGUUCUAUGAUAAGGAGGAUUGUCAACGCAUUGCUCAGAGGAUGAAUAUUUUGACCCAGCAGGAGCAGGUCCUGGCUCAGUCUCAGGGUGGUUGGUUGUCCCCAGCAGGAGGAGGAGGAGGAGGAGGAGGUGGAGGAGGAGGAGGAGGAGGAAGAGGAAGAGGAAGAGGACAAGGUGGUGAUGGUGGUGGUGGGGGUAGUGGUGGUGGAAGUGGAAGUCAAGGGAAGGCGGUAGACAUCAUCCAGAUGCUGACCAAAGCACGCACAGAGUAUGACAAGGAGAAGUCUACUUCAGAGCCAAAGGAGAUUGGUGGCAGCAGUGUUCUGUAUGGAAACCCCAACCUGAUCAAACCAAUACCUGUGAAACCGAACACUCAGGACAGUGAAGGUGCUGAACCCAAGUCUCUCUCUCUGGCCACUCUGUUUGGCUCUCAACAUCAACAUCACCACUCCUCCAAGCCUGACCCCGUCUCUCCUGUGGCUUUGCCCGCGACGGGGCCUGCAGCAGCAGGGAAAGUCGCUCGCCCACCUGUAGCCCGCGCACUGAUCUACGACGAUACAGUGAACUCUGGCAGGGGUGUGAUCUCCAAGGGAGGUCAUGCUGCCCUGGCUGGGUGUUCAGAUGGAGGGAUCAGGGCUGUGGUCGGGGAAGAUGGUGGAAAUGUUGUCGCGGGCUUGCUGCCGAGUCCCACCACCGCUCAUCAUCAGCAGCAGAAACAGCCGCAGCACUGCCCAGCCAUCCAGAAGCUCAUGCAGGGACAGAGAGGGGUCGGAGGGGUGCUUCAGACCGUGUCUGAGUCCCCUGAGAACAGGCUGUGCGACAACGGGGCGCCACUGGAGCAUCACCACCACCACCACCAUCCUUACCAUCAUCAUCAGCAGCACCACCAUCAUCACCAUCAACAGCAACAGCUUCAACCCGACCCCAUCAAAAGACUUUUCCAAACGCAGCCACCUCCUCCCCCCUCCACCUCCUUCUCUUCCGCUGCUCCCCCUUGUUGCUCCAACCACCCUCCUCUGCAGCAGAACCCCCACCUCUCUUCCCAGCCCAUAAUGGUGGAUUCUCUGUCGUGUUCCCACCUUCAAGCGCAACAAAGCCAGCAGCUGUUUUUCAGCCUUUCUAAGCCUCAACCAGAAGCCCAGCACAACAGCCAGUCAGCUUCAACUCUGCAGGGAGCAGGUUUGUUGCCAUCUCAGGUGACCAAUGACCAAGUCAUUCAACCUUCACAAGGCGUGUCUUUCCAGAUGCCAGGUGUGGUGUCUCCUCACGAGCUCCUCCAAAAGCUCCAGCUGGUCCAGCAGGAACAGAGCCUGGCUUCCAGUGAUCCCCCUCGACUCUGUCCAGGACUGGCCCCUCGGUUCCUAGGAGCGACUCAAAGUCAAAGUGCAGGCUCAGUUGAAGGCCAAGGGCUAAAUCCGAUUGCAGCCACUGCUGGUCAAAAGGCUGCACUGCAGUUUCAGGUCAUCUCUCCCCAGCGAAUACCAGCCACUGUGGCCCCCACCCUGCUCCUCUCCCCCAGUGUUUUCACUCAGGCAAAGCCUAGCGGCGGGUUGUCAGUAGUUGCCCAGGAGAACUGCCCUGCCCCCUCAACCCUGCCCAGACCCCCACUGCAGGAGGAGGUCAGAGUUCUGUCCAGAAGCCAGCUCCAAGCCACACUGCUGCAUCUGAUCCAGACUGACCGCUCAUUCCUGGACACCAUCUAUGAAGCCUACAUCAGCCACUUUGCUAACGACUCCAGCAGGAAGUACUAAUGACUCCUCACACCCGCUGUCUAUACAUACACCCUGUCCAGAGCAGUGAGGCUCAUUCUCACACCUAAUACGGAUUUUCUACUUCCUAUCCGAGACCGCACACCAGUCGCGCACACACUCGCUGUAUCUCCUCCGCACUGUAUAGCCAGUCAAACUGACUCUCUUCACUCCAAACCAAGUCUCUCUAAUUACAUCAAAAAGCAGUUAUCAAAAAUUAUAAUUGUGCUUGUUUCCAUAUCAGAAAAAUGAAACCCAUUCAUUAUAUGACUCCUCUAAAAAAAGAAAUGAUCUCAAUCUGAGGACCAGUAAUUUUUGGUACAAAUGUGACAUAACCAUACAGUCUUGACCUCAGCUGUAGUUCAGUGGAAAAUGUAGCCAAUACUGUAGUUCACUCUCAACUUCACAAUUUUCCCAAGGCAUCUUCACCGAGUGUAGCAGAAUGUAUCUUUUAUUUUAUUUUAUUUUGUUUUGUUUUAUCUUGUCAUAAUCUGCAGUCUGUACAGCAUCAACACCAGCCAGCCCUCUGGGUUUUAACCAACAAGUCUUCCUAGUCUAAAAACUUGUGCUGAGGAGUAUGCUCAAACUGACUCGAAACUGACUUCACUUAUAAAAUGAUAUUUAAAGUAUGUUAAACGUGUUUUUUUUUUCUGUACAUUUGUACGUAUGUUUAAACACCAUCAGUUUUUCUUGGAUUUGAAUUUACAAUUCUUUUAAAUUAAGUUCUGACUAGUUUUCUUUCUAAAGGAAUUUUAAGUAUGUUUUACUAUCCAAAUGCUUUUAAAGUUAUUAAAAUGACACCUUGUCAAUUUAAUUUUUUUUUUCAGCAGAGACCAGCUGUGAUAUCUGAAUUGUUAUUUUAGUUAACUGGGUGAAACCAGUGUUGUUCACAAGCACAUUAAUUAGCCUGCAGAAAGCUGUAUCCACCUUUUUUUAAAAUGCAGUGAUAACUGUCAUGCUUCAUGUGAAAACACGAAGCAUGUGUGUAUAGGAGAGAAAAUCGUUGUCUUUCACGGAACUUUGUAACUUGACUAUUGCUUUGUUAGUUUUAUUCCUCUGUUUCUGAACAUUAUUAUCAUUAUGAAGGAGUUCAAAAUGACAUGGUGUCCAUUUAAUUUGAAGAAACAAGGAAACUACAGGAGAUUGUUGACCCUCACUACCUCACAGAGAGCUAGUUUGGAGGUGUACCUGUGUUUUUACACAGUAGUAGCAGAUUGUCAGUUAUGUGCUUGGGCCUGUUUAAAGGUUACACAAUCUAAUAUCUAUAAUCUAGCCAGGACUUUUGUUUCAGUUUAUCUAAAAGGGUUUCACUAUCACAGAAACGCGAAACAGUUGACAAAUUUUAACAAACUAGAAUAUCCCUUAUCUUUUUUCUCCCAAAGCGGUUGUAUCUUAAAAUGUAGUAAUUUUGAAUUCAUGCUACAGUUCCUAAACACUCUUCCUGCAAAAUAAAAUGGCUUACAGACGCUUUAGUAUUGGCAGUAAAUACAGUUAAAUUAAUGAUUGCUCGGUUAAAUAAGGAUUUAAAGCUACAAAGAGCAACACAGAAGGUAUAUAGGUAUAUAGGUAUAUCCAAUAAUAAAUAAUUAAAAAAAAAAAAA